AUGUCAGGUGAUAAUCUGAAUGAUUUCUACUUGCGUUACUAUGUUGGUCAUAAAGGGAAGUUCGGUCAUGAGUUCUUAGAAUUCGAAUUCCGUCCGGAUGGCAAGAUGCGGUAUGCAAAUAAUAGUCAGUACAAGAAUGACACGUUGAUCCGGAAAGAAGCAUAUGUCGGUAAAAUUGUUAUUGAAGAACUGAAGCGUAUUAUCGAUGAUUCGGAAAUUAUGCAGGAAGAUGACGCAACUUGGCCAGAACCGGAUCGCAUUGGUAGACAAGAAUUAGAAAUUCUUCAUAAUGAUGAACAUAUAUCUUUCACUACAAGUAAAAUUGGUUCCGCGGCAGACGUAAACAAAAGCAGGGAUCCAGAAGGAUUAAGAUCCUUUUACUAUCUCGUUCAAGAUCUCAAAUGUUUGGUUUUCUCUUUAAUUGGCAUGCAUUUCAAAAUCAAACCUAUCUGA